CUUGUCAGAGGAGGGGGCAGAGGAAGUGCGUGGAAGAACAUCUUGUUCCUCAACAGCCUUUGAUUUCACAGCCAUCAGCUCUCACCCGGGAGCUACAUCCCAGUGCCUGCAGCAACAGAAGGGCUCUGGCAGCCCAGGAAGCACUGGGAGAAGGCAGCAUAGCACUUGCAGAGAUCUAGAGAAAGAGGCUCAGUCUCGUCAGACCUUUGUCAAGCCAUCUGCUUGGUGUGGUACCAAGGACUAUCCAAAUACCCAGCCAGAGGCAUCUGAGAGAGGCACGUGCCUGGCACACACAGCAUCCCAGAAAUGAGUGAGAACCCAACCACCAACCUCAACACUGGAGAUGCUCCAACUGGUCCCACCACACCACGCAAGGGGCCUCCCAAGUUCAAGCAGAGGCAGACAAGGCAAUUCAAGAGUAAGCCGCCUAAAAAAGGAGUAAAAGGGUUUGGAGAUGACAUCCCAGGCAUGGAGGGACUUGGCACAGAUAUCACAGUGAUUUGCCCAUGGGAAGCUUUCAGCCAUCUGGAACUGCAUGAGCUGGCCCAGUUUGGGAUCAUCUAAGGUGCCAGCAUCUCUAAUGGUGUCACCUGGUGACCCCACCAAUCCCAGCAUGGUCUUCAUCACCUUUGACACUUAUUUUUGGCCCUUACAUUCACUUACUCACGGGCAGAGGGAUUUUGUAAGAGCUAGUUAUGAGAAAGUCCUUUGCAGAUUAAUUUGGCAGAGAAGUUAUUCGGGUCCCUGAACAGACCUCAUGCUCCAUGUGAUGAAACUACUGAAAAAUGUCUUAAUGCCUCCCUGUACCAUAAUCUGUCUUCUCCCACUGUUGUAGCUCUUUAUGUUUAUGGAGAUACAGGGAGGCUGUAUUUGAACUUUUCCCCUAUCAGCUGAGAUACUGUGUACAUGGGUGUGCAUGUAUAUCCAGACCUAAUUAUAUCAAGCCUGUUCUGUUUGUUUCCUUCCCUCCCUGAGAGUUUUAUAUAUAGAAUUUACCUGGCUAUAUCCCCAUGUUAUCUGGGCCACCAAUUAUUUGCUGAGAGUAUACUUGUAGAGAACAGAAGUUGAGUCACCAGUCCAAUCAUUAGGCUAUUUUUCCAUAGGAAAACCUUCCUCAGGGGUUCAUUAUAAGGAAUUGGCUGCUAAGAUUUACCACAUGAGCAAAGGGAAAUGUAGAUGUCUCUGCUGUACUGCCUGCAGUUAUGAGCCAUUCUGUCCUAAUAAUGUUAAAUGAAAAUGUGUGUGUCUGAGAUCAAUAGCUAAAUGAAUUAAUCCUAUUCCUCAUUCCUUUGUAGUCACAACUCCAGAGAAGCAGUGCUCCAAAUGACACUGUGUUUCCUGUCCUUCGAUGGGACACCCAUGUGUGACACUUGCAGUGGCCUGAUGCCCAUACAUACUUUGAUGAG